ACGAUAUUAAAUCGCACUGACGUCAAGCAAAAUUACACUACAAAAGAUGGAGCAAUCAGUGUCAGCUAGGGUUUUUAAUUUUAUCAUCUGUAUGAUAAAUUCUCUUUAAAUCGCCCUGAAAACACUCCGAUCCAAAAAUGGGAGCUAGUCGCAAGCUACAAGGAGAGAUCGAUCGUGUUCUCAAGAAAGUCCAGGAAGGUGUCGAUGUGUUUGAUAGCAUCUGGAACAAGAUUUAUCUUGAUAAAAGAGGAAGAAAGAGGUGUUAAAUAAUGUUUAUGAUACCGAUAACGCAAACCAGAAGGAAAAAUUUGAGGCUGACUUGAAGAAGGAAAUCAAGAAGCUGCAAAGGUAUAGGGAGCAGAUCAAGACAUGGAUUCAAUCGAGCGAGAUCAAGGAUAAGAAAAUUAGUGCCUCUUAUGAGCAGGCAUUGGUGGAUGCUCGGAAGCAAAUUGAACGAGAAAUGGAAAGGUUUAAGAUAUGUGAGAAGGAGACUAAGACAAAAGCAUUCUCUAAAGAAGGCUUGGGCCAACAACCUAAAACUGAUCCGAAGGAGAAGGCUAAGUCAGAGACAAGGGAUUGGCUGAACAAUGUGGUUUCAGAGUUAGAAUCCCAGAUUGAUAGUUUUGAAGCUGAGAUUGAGGGGCUGUCUGUGAAGAAAGGAAAGACAAGACCUCCUAGACUGACACACUUGGAGACAUCAAUUACACGACACAAUGAUCAUAUAAUGAAGUUAGAAUUGAUUUUAAGACUAUUGGACAAUGAUGAAUUGAGUCCAGAGCAAGUUAAUGAUGUGAAAGACUUCUUGGAUGAUUAUGUGGAACGUAAUCAGGACGACUUUGAUGAAUUUAGUGAUGUUGAUGAGCUCUACAGCUCAUUACCUCUAUACAAGGUGGAGGCUCUUGAAGAUCUGGUUGCAAUUGGUCCACUUUCCAAGGGUGCUCCAAUCUUGAAGAUUUCUUUGGCAACACCAACAUCUCAAAUGCCUGGUAGUUCUUCCCUGGAGCAUGUUGAAGAUACUGCUUCCCAGGAUAGUAAUUCUGAUAUGGCAAAGAUUCCACCUUCAAAAUUUAGUGCAGUUAAUUCUUCUGCUGCAGCAACACCAACUGGUAGCCAUGCAACCCCUGCACUGAAUCUUCCACCUCAGAGUCUGUCUGGUGCUUCAGUUCUUCCAGAUUCAAUUUCUGCUCAAAGUGUCUUGGAAAGCACUGCCUCUACCAAUCCUUUUUCUCCUGUAAAUUUGUCUAGUUCUACAAAGGAAGAAGAUAUCACAAACUUCCCAGGACGUAGGCCGUCUCCAUCCCUUGCCGAUACUGGAGUACGAGGCAUUAGUAGAGGAGGUCUAUCCGGUCAGCUUUCAUCUAGUACCCCCCUUGUGUCUGGAAGUGUGGCUUCUGGCAAUGUAGGCCUUGGUGUUGUCCCUUCAGCGUCUGACAUGUCCAAAAGAAAUAUUUUGGGGGUUUAUGAGAGACUUGGAAAUAGUAGCAUGGGGCAAUCUCUGGCAUCACCUAUUAGUAACAGAAUGCUCUUGCCUCAAGCAGCCAAGGCUAAGGAUGGAAGUUCAUCUACUGAUUCUGGUAAUCCUAUUGAGUUUGCUGGAUUAUCUAGCAGAGCUUUUUCCCCUUCAAUGGUUUCGGGCAUACAGCAGAGGCCUGGAAGUUCUUUUCAGAAUCAAAAUGAGUUGGGGCAGUUUCGUGGAAGAACUGAGAUAGCUCCUGAUAUAAGGGAAAAGUUUUUGCAACGGUUCCAGCAAGUGCAGCAACAAGGUCAUAGCAACCUGCUUGGCAACAUGCCUCCUCUUGCUGGAGGAAAUCAUAAUCAAUUUUCUGCACAACAACAAAGCCCUCUCAUGCAGCAGCUCAAUUCUCAAAGCUCAUCAUUCUCUAUCCAAUCCGGUGUGGGACUCGGUGGCCAAACACCUGGUCUUAAUAGUGUUAUUUCUCCCGGCUUACAGCAGCAACCAACCUCCAUCCACCAGCAGUCCAGUCAGCAGGCAUUGGUGACGAAUAUUUCAAAGGAUGCUGAUGUUGGCAUAGCAAAAGUUGAGGAACAACAAUUGCAGAAUUUAUCUGAUGGUUCAAGUUCUGAAGCUAUUCCAACUUCUGGGCUUGCCAAAAAUCUCAUGAAUGAAGAUGAUUCGAAAGCUCCAUAUGCAAUUGAUUCUCCUGCUGCUGUAUCAGGCCCUUUGACAGAACCUGCUCGAAACAUUCGGGAUAUUGAUCUUUCUCCUGGACAACCCUUACAAUACAACCAAUCUUCUAGUGGUCUCGGAGUUAUUGGUCGGAGAAGUGUUUCUGAUCUUGGUGCCAUUAGUGACAACCUCGGUGGUUCAACAAAUUCUGGGGGAAUGCAUGAUCAAUUAUACAAUUUGCAGAUGCUCGAGACUGCAUAUUACAAACUUCCCCAACCUAAAGACUCAGAACGAGCGGGGAACUACAUUCCAAAGCACCCUACGGCAACCCCUGCUAGCUACCCUCAAGUUCAGGCACCCAUCGUGAACAAUCCUGCCUUCUGGGAAUGCUUGAGCAUUGAUGGAUACGACACUGGCACUGAUACACUGUUCUUUGCAUUUUAUCAUCAACAGAACACUUACCAACAAUAUCUAGCAGCAAAGGAGCUGAAGAAGCAAUCAUGGAGAUACCAUAGAAAAUACAACACAUGGUUUCAGCGGCAUGAGGAGCCAAAAAUCGCUAUGGAUGAAUUUGAACAGGGAACCUAUGUAUACUUUGAUUUCCACAUAGCAAAUGAUGACCACCAACAUGGAUGGUGUCAAAGAAUCAAGACUGAAUUCAUCUUUGAGUACAACUUUCUUGAAGAUGAACUUAUGGUAUAAGGAGAUCAAGAGGUUGGUACGAUUAUACUAUUUUAAUAUGUUGAGUGUCGCUUUGCAUAUGUAAAUUAUAUUUUUUAUAUUGAAUUUUCUUUGAACUUUUCAAAAACCCUACUUGCCGAAAUUCAAAGGAUAAAAGAUGAGAUUAAAAUCUCAGAUUUAGAA